AUGGUGCUGCCGCGGCUAACGCCGCUGCGGGGAGCAGCCGGCCUCGUGGUCGGCGGCGUCGUCGGCUCCGUCCUCCUCAGGAAGCCGGAGGAGAAUGAUUUCGCCGGCACGCCGCUCAAGCGGAAGAUCCAACGUUUUCAGUCGCUCGUCGACAGAGGCCAGGAUCCGCAGAGCCUCCGGAAACGGAGUGAGAUGGUGGCGGCGCUCAAGUCGGGCGAGGAGUUUGACGUCCUGAUCGUCGGCGCGGGCUGCACCGGCGCCGGCGCUGCGCUCGAUGCGGCGACGCGCGGCCUCAAGACGGCGUGCGUCGAGCGGGGCGACUUUGCGAACGAGACGUCGAGCCGCAGCUCAAAGCUGAUCUGGGGCGGCUUCAAGUACCUCCAGGUCUUAGGCCGGUGUGUUGGCAAUGCCAGGACACCGAGCUCGCACAACCUCACAGCGGGAGAGCACUGGCAGGUGGCGUUCGCCGAGCUGCUGGACCGCAAGACGCUCACGGCGCCCGCGCCCGUCUCGUCGCUGCAGAAGUUCAUCUCCGAGUUCCUGAUGGUGUACGAGUGCUGCCAGGAGCGGUCGUGGCUCGCGGGGCAGCAGCCGCAUCUCGUCGAGUACAUCAUGACUAGUGUCACCCUGAUGGCGAGGAUCUCACGCGAGCUGCGCAACUCGCGCGGCGCGACGAUGUACUUUCUGCCGUGGCUGGGCAACACGGUGGUUGGCUCGACCGACAAGAAGUGCGACGCGACCUCCUCGCCGCACGUCACGGAGGACGAGAUCCAGUACCUCGUCAACGAGGCGGAGAUAGCGGGAGAUGCGGCGUCGUGCCUCUCUUCCGACAUCCGCCUCCGCCGCUCCGACGUCAUCUCUGCGUGGCAAGGGCGCCUCCCCUUUUCUGCGGCGGGCCACACGCGCCUCUCUUGCGUGUCCUUCAUCUGCGGCGGAAAGUGGUCCACCUACCGCGCGAUGGCGGAGGAGCUCAUCGACAAGGUGGUCGCCUUCAAGGGCGCUCCGCUCGCCCACGCGAAGCCCUGCGUCUCCAAGGAGAUCAAGCUGCUCGGCGGCGAUGGCUUCCACUCGCUGCUGCACGUGCAGCUCGUGCAGGCGUACAACGUCUCCACAGAGGUUGCCAAGCACCUCUGCCAUGCCUACGGCACCGCAGCUUUCCACGUCUGCGAGCUAGCGCAGCCAUCCUUGUCGGGCGCGCGGCUGCAGCGCACCGUCUCGCGCGCGGGCGUGCCGACCGACGGCGGCGGCCACAUGGGCCGCCGCAUCUCGCCCAGCUACCCGUACAUCGAGGCCGAGGUCCUCUACGCGUGCCGGCACGAGCUCGCGGUCAGCGUGAAGGACAUGCUGACGACCCGGAUGCGGCUGGCCUUCCUCAACUCCGAGGCGGCGAAGCAAGCCAUCCCGCGGGUGGCGGCGCUGAUGGCGGAGGAGCUCGGCUGGUCCAGCGCGGAGAAGGCGAGGCAGAUCAAGGUUGCGCAAGAGUACAUCGGCGAGUUCGGCGGGCCCGUCGCCGACAAGCGCGGCGCCACACUCAAGGCGGCCACCUUCACCGACCUGCACGACAUCUUCCUGUCGGUCGACAAGGCGAACGCCGGGUACCUCGACGAGAAGCAGCUCGGAGAGGCGGCCGCCAAGCUGGGCUUCCCCUUCCGCAGCGACGAGCACCGGCGGAUAAAGUUCAAAGAGGCGGACCGCUCGGAGAACGGCAAGCUCUCCGAGGCCGAGUUCAUCGAGUGGUGGAACGGGCGCAAUUCGGAGAAGAGCCGGCUCGCCCUCCACAAGACGGUCAUGCUCGACGCGGCGAGCGAGGUCGCCAUCGACAAGUCAAACGCGUCGGCAAAGUGAGCGGGCUCGCCUCGCCGACCACCCACCGAGCGCCGCGCCGGCACCGCAGCUCGGGCGCAGCACGCGUGCACUCGCACUCUGUCGCAAGCCGGUGCGGCGGAACCGCAGCAGGCAAGGCGGCGCACCCGCGUCACUUGCGCGCGCUGCUGCGCGCACCGCCCCACGCGCCGGCACCUCUAUUGUCGCGAGCUGCGUCUCUAUUGCGUUGACUAUUCCAUUGUCCGUCUUGGUACCCGCCACGGCCAUCGUGCAUCGACCAGACACGGUGGUCGUACAGUCGGUAAAUCGUCACAUGAAAGGUAUAUACG